CCCGCCCCUCGCCCGUCGCGUCCCGUCCCCCGCCGCGGGAUCGGCUCUCAUUGGCCUUUGGUCGCCCUAGUAACUGGACAGCAACGGUGAGCUGGGGCCGCGGGAGAGGCCGGGCCGCACAGCAGGAGGAGAGCGUGGCCGGCCAGGGCCCGGAGGUGCGCGGUCCGCGGUUGCGCGCGCCCAGCGGUGACCCAGUGCUGACCUUGAGGCUCACCUCGGGAUCCCACGGCAGCUCCGACGGGGAGCCCAGGUGUCUAUGGGCAUGACCAGCCGGACCACCCGCUCCGAGGAAAGCGAGCUCUUCCAGGAGGGAGUCGUUGAAUGGGAGCUCAGCCGACUGCAGUGGCAAUGCAAGGUGAUGGAGAGGGAGCGGCGGGCCUACAGCAAAGAGGUUCACCAGCGUCUUAACAAGCAGCUUGGGGAGAUCAGACAGCUGGAGGAGUUUCACAGCAAUCUCCAGCAGCAGAUCAGAGUGGCCGAGAACCAGGUCAGGCGGCUGGGAGACAGGAAGAAUCUGGAUGACUUGGGUCGCCUACUCAAGUGCAGGGCCCAGGUGCAGGUGGAGGUGGAGAUGGUGCAAGAGCAGAUCCGGGCCCUGGACCAGCAGAUCCAGGAGUGGGAGGGCCGCAUCUUUAACCAGAGUAAGGACGCCAUGGCUCCUGGCAUCAUCAUGGAACAGAAGGCGAAGUUCCUUCGAAGGAUCAAGAUCCUGGAAGACCAGUUGGACAGGGUCACCUGCCACUUUGACAUGCAGCUGGUGCGGAAUGCAGCUCUGCGGGAGGAGUUGGACCUGCUGCGUAUUGAGAGAGCCCGCUAUCUGAACGUGGAUCACAAGCUGAAGAAGGAGAUCCAUCUACUGCGGCAGAUGGUCAGCACCCUCAGCGUGUCCUCUACCACCGCCUAUGCUGCCAGGGAGGAGGCCAAGGCGAAGAUGAGCUUGCUGCAGGAGCGAGUGGAGAGGGAGGAGAAACAGAGCGAGGCGGAGGUGCAGGCCUUGCUGCAGCAGAUAGCGCACCUGGAGCAGCUGCACCGCUUCCUCAAACUGAAGAACAGUGAGCGGCUGCUGGAUCCCGUGGCCCAGAGGAAGCAGGAGCAACGAGCCCUGGAGGUGUCCUUGGGACACCGGAAGACCUCCCAGGAGAAGCUGGUGCUGCGGUAUGAGGAUGCUAUGUACAAACUGUCUCAGCUGAUCGGCGAGAGUGACCCUGACCUGUUGGUGCAGAAGUACAUUGAGCUUGAGGAGCGCAACUUUGCCGAGUUUAAUUUCAUCAAUGAGCAGAACACAGAGUUACACUAUCUUCAAGAAGAAAUCAAAGAGAUGCAGAAGGCCUUGAUCAGAGAACGAGCCAGUGAGGACAAUCAGCACCUGCAGCGGGACCAGCAGUGCACAGCUUUACAGCAGCAUGUAGACAUGCUGCGCGCUAAGAAUGAGCAGCUAGAGGCCUGUUUCUCUGCCCACUAUACUCAGCUAGAAAAAAUCAAGGCUGACAUCCAGCAUCUCUUUGACAAGGCUCACUGUGACAGCAGUGUCAUCAAGGACCUCCUUGGUGUCAAGACCUGCAUGCAGGACAAGGAUGUGAGCCUCUUUCUGAGCACCAUUGAGAAGCGGCUGGUGCAGCUCCUCACUGUGCAGGCCUUCCUGGAGACCCAGAACCGUGCCUCCUUGUCUGAAGCUGCCCUCCUGGUGCUGGGACAGAGACAGGUGGAUCCUCCAAAGAAGACGACCCCACUCCAGCCUCCCGAAAACCUAGAAGAGCCCCCAGGUUAUGUGCCUAAAGAUGACUAUCCUAUGAGCAAGGAAGAGUUGCUGAGUCAAGUUAUGAAAUCGGUGGAGCUCCAGGAGCUGGCUGAGGCCUCGAAGAAGGUGGACAGCAACGUGAGCUUGGCCUCUGACACCCAGGUCACCAUCUCUGACUCAGCCACCAAGAAGCUCCCCAAGAAGACCUCUGUCCAUGGAUCCAUCCUGAGCCACAAGACUAAGAAAGGCCACAAUGUCAACUCCAUGACCCGUGUCACCUUUGAUGACCCUGGCUCUAGUACAGCUCUUGUGACCUUGGCUUCCAACACCCAUGCCAGUGGGAUGCGAGAGUCCAGCCAGACCUCUCUGGGGGGGCAAACGGACACAAAACAGGCUACCUCAAGCUACCUGGGGUCCACUGGCUAUGUGGAGUCGAGCCAAGGCCAAGAGAGCACAGGAGGUGGCACACAGAGUGGACGUCCUACCUCUAGCAGUGGCCAAGUGUCCAGCACCCUCCCUGCCUCCACCACUGAGCCUGAAUCCUUCAGCACAGACUUCUAGAAUUACCAGUAGGAAGGGAGGUCAGCCCUUAAUAUCCCAGCUCUCCAAAGGUUUUCUACUGUCCUAGCCCAGGUCUCUGGCUCUCCCCCAUCUCUUUCCAUCUGCCCAUCUUUGUGGCUCACCCUGUCUGUCACUGACUCCUUUCUUCCUUCCUGUUUCCCAUCUCCAGACUCCUUUCAUCUCUGUCCUGGGCUCUUGUGGUGUCUAGUGUCCUAUCUCCUUGGCUUUCUGUUAUUUAGGAAUACCUCCCUAUGUUGACUAGGUGAACUGUGAUCAUAAGAAAUAAAGGUCAGAGUCCAAUGUUCACCCAGCUGUUUCCUCCACCUCUGCCUCAGGGGAGAAUGUGUGAGCCUGUUCCACUAUCCAUGCAUUCAUCAGUCCUCCCACACAUUCACUCAUCCAUCAACCAUCCAUACAUCCAUCCACCUAGCCACUCAUCCAUUCACCCACCAUCUCCCAUCCAUCCAUGAUCCAUCAUCCACACAUCGCUGUGUCUUGAGGAAAAUUUACAGAUACCCGUGUCUCCAGUGCAGUGCUAUGGCCAGGUCUGUUUUGGAUUGAGAGGGAAGUAGGACAUGGUGGGUGACAGACAACCCUGCCUAUAGUGGAGCCAUGCCUAAUGCCCUGUGAGCUCUCAACGAAGCCAAAGGCACACAGAACCCAUCACCUACCCUGGUGGAUUUGGAAGCCUGAGCCGCCCACUUUCCUAGUGUGAAAACUGCCUGGCAUCCAAAAGGCUUCAUGAGACUAAAAUCAGAUCAGUGCCCGGAUGAAUAAAUACUCAAAAUACCUGAAACUAAGUACCCGAAGAUACCAGAAUCACAGACUCCUGGCUCCUUUAUGUAAACUGCCAUGUAGAACCUGUACAAGCCCCCAUGGACUUUAAUUAACUCUUGGACAAUAGAAGCAAGCCACUGUAAAUGCUGUGUGUUUGGCUGUUACAGCAUUGUUCAUGGAACAAGAAGUCAGCAUGUGGGCAGUACAGACACUCUAUGAAAUUACUGUAUGAUGUCACUGGGGAAUUGUAAGUCAGAUGAGAUGUCAGGACAUCCAUGCUGAAAGUCCUAGCAGAAGCACCGAGUACAUAUGGGGAGAUGUGAAGCAGCCGCAGCUCUGGCUGUCAAUGACAAGUCAUGGUGGUACAAUGACCACAUCCAGCCUGGUUUCUUCCAGCUCGAGGUCCUCUUCCCAUACAACCCUCCUUGGCUGUCUCACUCCUUGAUUCCUAGCAAAAUAAGCUGCAGUUCCGACAUUCUGAGUCCUGGGGUAUGUGUGUACUGGGGAUCAAAGCUGGGUCUUUAAACUUCUCAGGCCAAGUGCCUGAACAACUAAGCUGUCUGUCCAGCCCUCAAGAUGUUUUUAAUGAUAGCCAUAUGGACAGAGCUAAAGACAUUACUGUGGUUAAGAGAGUAAAUCAAUGAUUGCACUGUAACCUUAGUUUUACUUGGAAACCCACUGGGGAAAAACAUAGCAUAGACAAAUGAAGCUGUGCUCAUAGCAGGACAAGUGACUGAAUAAGAGAACACCCUCCUCUCCCCACACUUGCUCUCCACUCUGAAAAUGUAUUCAGACCACCUCUCCCCACCCUUCAUUCCAGAGACUGGGGAAUAUCCCUGUAGGGAAGCAAACUCCCUGAUGGAAAAGACUUGUAGUCAAAGGCAGCUGGGAGGCUGACAGGGAGCUGGAUCUCCGAGGAACUACUGCUGUGGCUCUCUUUGGAAAGCAGUGGGAGAAUAAUACCCAUGUUGCUGGAUCCUCAUAGUUGUCACUGAAAGGGCAUUUAGUUGUUCUGAGUUGUAAAAGCUACCCUAAAGACUAGUCAGGAACAAAACACUUUUCAACUGGAAUCUACCCUACAUAUCAGUUCUACUGAACUUGCUGAGAUUGACAUGUGGCCACGUCCAUAGAAGCUAUAGUAACUGUUGAGUCGCCUUAUCCUAGAGAAUCCUGUCCUUAAGGUCUGACUCAAGCUUUUACUAAUGUCAUCUCCUCGUAUUUCCAGAGCACCAUGAAAUAAAUGUGAUACAAUAAGGACAAGAAUUAACCUGACCAUAUAUAUUUGCUGUAUUUCUCUAAAAAGAUUAAAAUGUAUUGAUCUCUCGAUAAAAAAGUGCCUAACAAAAUACUGAAAUAAUAAA